AUGGGGAACGUCUUCGACACUGCAUGCCACGUGAGCAACCGCAGCAAGAGGAACGUCCACGUGUUCCUCACGGAAAAAAAAAGGGCCCUGGAGCUCGACGCCAUCCUCAACCUCCCGGAGACGAGAAGCUCAGCUUCCGGUCUCAGCUUCCUGUCCGUCUUCGUCCUCCACGAAGACGGACAGGAAGCGUUUGCUCCAAACAAAAUGGUGCACAACAUGGCGCCCGAGUGGGGCCCCCGGCUACUUCCCUGCUCUACGACAUCCAUGAGCCCGCCGGUGCUCUUCUGGGUCGGCUACGUGCCGUGCCUGUGCUCGGGCCUGCUCUGCCUGCUCGCCGUGAGCUUCUGGAGCGCACGCUGGCACGGCGGCUUCUCCUGGGACGGGUCCGCUCUGCAGUUCAACUGGCAUCCCGUCCUCAUGGUGGCUGGGCUGGUGGUUCUGUAUGGCAAUGCGGUUGUUUUGUUCCGUGUGCCGUUCACCUGGAGGCAGAAGAAGCUCACCUGGAAGCUGGUGCACGGCAGCCUGAUGCUGCUGGCCCUGCUCCUGUCUGUCCUGGGCCUGUGUGCCGUGUUCGACAACCACAGGUCCUCAAACAUCCCGGACAUGUACUCUCUGCACAGCUGGGUGGGCAUCUGUACUGUGAUCAUGUUUGCGUUCCAGUGGCUCCUCGGUCUGGCCGGCUUCUUGCUUCCUUGUUCUCCGCCGCGGUUCCGCAGCAACCUGAAACCCGUCCACGUCUGGAUGGGUAAAGCCAUCUUGAUCCUCAGUCUGACCUCCUGCAUCAGUGGGAUCAACGAGCAACUGUUCUUUACCCUUAAUGGAAGCAGCGGUAAACCUUACAACUCACUGCCCGCGGAGGCAAAGUUUGCCAAUUCCCUGGGCCUCCUCAUUGUGGCCUUCGUCUUGGUCGUCUUCGGCAUCCUGUCCAACGACGACUGGCAGCGGCCGGAAACACAUCACGAAAGUGCUCCCAGAGAUGUGGAGAAAUAA